UGUUAAGCAGGUGAAACACGCAAUGGUUCUGCUCUUUGAGCUGAGAUUCUUUGGAUUGUGGACGCUUUGGUGGUGCUGUUUGGUUACAGGAUCUGGAGGAUGUCAAAUGCCUUAUGUUGGUGGCAUCAACCUAACCACUGAUCUGCAGUCUGAUGUUCUGCUGCCAUGUAACUUUGAAGCAAUCCUCCUCAGAUCAAACCAGACUUCAGAUAUAGUAGCAGUGUGGAGUCACAGGACUAUACCAGCACAUAAUCUAGUGGAGUUCAGACCGCAGGGGGUGAUAGUGUUCUGGAAGAACAGAGGUGGACGUAUAAAGACGUUCACCAAGCUCUCAGAAUCUGGAAACUUCUCCAUCCUCCUCCGUAAUGUACAGCAGUCUGAUCUGGGCCUCUACCGCUGUGAGCUUCAUGAGGGAAUCAACUGCAGCAUCGUCUAUCAGGAGGUGCAGCUUGGUGUUGCUGCUGUUUCUGAAUACCAGGAAUCCAUCAUAGCAGAAGCAUCAGGAGGAGCAGUAUUGGUACUUCUGUUAACAGCAUGUGUUUGCUACAUAGGGACUAAACGAAGACUCCAUAUGAGGAAAAAGGAUGUUUGGGGACAAGCACUUGAUUACUCGGUGUACACCACUGUCAGCUACACAGUGGUAGACGACUGUUACAGAGACGGUGUGUGAUGGCCUGAUCUAUAUCACCACUGGCUGAUUGGAAGUGGAGGCAGCAUGCAGUCUUUGCAUCACUGGUGUAGAGAUUAGAGUGUGAAUUUUAAAUCUGCUUCAUGUUUUGCUCAAUAAAUGCUUUGAAAAAUGUA